AUAUUAUAUUCAAGGAGAGGAAUCGGUACUCAAAAAACAAGUUAGAAUUUAAAUAUUUGGCCUAAUCAUAAUUCGUAAUUUGUAAAUCGUAAAUCGUACAUCGUAAAUCGUAAUCAUGCUUGCGUCUCUGAACCGAUUCUUUCCUCGAAUGAGGCUACGUCGCAAUGUACAGCUGAUCUCCAAGAUGGACAUCUUUUGCCAUCUAGUUCUGGUCAUUUGCUUGCCCGUUUCAUUGCUAUACGAGUUCAUAGCAGUGAUACCCAAGUACCAUUCACCUGGAGGAUAUGCCUAUGCUCUAAUAGUUACAUGCGUUCUCUUGCUCUAUAUAAACGUCAUGGCUAAUAUGAUCGCCUGCAUGAUAGUCGAUAUAUCAGUUGAUUGUGAUCGCAUCAAAUCUUUUGACGUUAAUGAUGAGUGCGUGAAUUGGCGACAUUGUAAGAUCUGUAAUGCUCUAGCACCGCCCAGAUCCUGGCACUGUGCCACCUGUGGAACCUGCAUUUUGACACGCGAUCAUCACUGCAAUUUCACCGGCUGUUGUAUUGGCCAUCAAAAUUACCGCUAUUUCACCUGUUUCCUGCUCUAUUCGUUUGUUUUAUCGAGUCUCCUGAUGUUCUACAACCUAAAGUAUUUCAUCUGGUCGAUGGGUCAGCUGAAAUACCAUACCCACUUCUCAGAUAUGACGUUCCUUCAGAUUCUACACAAUUCUGUCUUCACUCUGAAUCUAAUCUAUCAAAUCUUUUCGACCGGCAUGAUCAUCCUGCACGCCCCCAUUGUGCUGAAGGGCGAGCUGAUCGGCGAGCGUAACCUGAAGGACAAGCACAACUACGAUGCUGGCAUCUAUUACAAUCUGCGAGGUAUUUUCGGACAGCACAUGCAUGUCGCUUGGAUAUUUCCCUUGUUCGCGAGCCAAUUGCCUGGCGAUGGCUACAACUGGAAAUUGACCACAAAAGAUAAGUCAACGGAAACCAUCGCGACAAUUCGCAGCCGUCCUACCGUCUAAUCGCUCGCCAAUCGCCCAUCGUAUAUAUUUAAUUUCAAUGCAAAAAAUUCAUAGUUUAAAUCGAGUCGCAU